AUGGCUCCAGAGCUGGGAAGCAUGGCAGCAGAGUUAAUAGCUGCCGCUGACAAGUAUGACGUGCCACUGCUUAAAGAGAAGUGUGAGGAGAAGAUGGUGCAGGACAUGAGCGUGCAGAACGCCGGCUCUGCUGCGGCCCUGGCUGUGCUGCACCGUUGCCCAGGUCUGAGGGACACCGCUGUGAAGUUCAUAGCGGGGAACCUGGAAGUGAUGGCCACUGAAGGCUGGGCGCGAAUGCUGCGGGACAGCGCAGAGACUGCGGUGGAGAUAUGCCAGCAGGUGGCGGCGGAAGCUGCAUGCCUUCCACGCAAAGAAGUAUCAGAGGAAAGCAUCAAGGGCCAGACAGACCAGGUGCUUGACCUGGUCCGCAUAGGAGCACCACUUGAUGCGAGGGGUGACGAGCAGCGCACUGCCCUGUCCUUGGCGGUGGCAAACAAUCAUGAAGCUGUUGUCAAGUUCCUGAUCGAUGUUGGGGCAGGCGUCUGUGUCCAGGACUCCACUGGGAGGACACCUCUACACAUAGCUGCAUGUAGGCCUGGCGAGCAGCUCAUAAUAUGGAUGCUUUUGGCAGCAUCACCACCUAUUGAUGUAAAGGAUAAUGCGGGGCAGACUGCACUCCAUCUGGCUGCCAUUGGCAGGUGUUUCUUUGCAGCAAAGGCACUGCAUCUGGCUGGUGUGAGAAAGGACAUAAAAGAUAACAAAGGAAAAGUACCUACACAGUAA